CCGGACCCCCCGCCGGCCGCCCCUACAUCUGCAGCGAAUGCGGCAAAGCCUUCGGCCAGUGGUCGAAGCUGGAGCGUCACCGGCGGAGCCACACGGGCGAACGCCCCAACGCCUGCGGCGAGUGCGGCAAACGCUUCGCCCAACGCUCCCACCUAGCCCAGCACCUCCGGACCCACACCGGCGAGCGGCCCUACAAAUGCGGCGACUGCGGCAAAGCCUUCGGUUGGAGCUCCAACCUGGCCCAGCACCGCCGGACCCACACCGGCGAGCGGCCUUACGCCUGCGCCGAAUGCGGCAAAGCCUUCAGCCAAAGCACCAACCUGGUGAAACACCAGCGCGCCCACGCCGGCGAGCGACCCUACGCCUGUGGCCAGUGCCGGAAAGCGUUUUACCGUAGCUCCGACCUCCUCCAACACCAAGCCAGCCACUCCGGCGAGCGACCCUACCGUUGCGGCCAAUGCGGCAAGAGCUUCGCCCAACGCGCCAACCUCCUCAAGCACGGCAAGACCCACGGCGGCGAGAAGCCCUUCCGCUGCGGCGAGUGCGGCAAAGGCUUCGUCCAAAGCUCGGAGCUCAUCCAGCACCAGCGCAGCCACAGCGGCGAGAAACCCUUCGCCUGCGGCGAGUGCGGCAAACGCUUCGGCCACGGGGCCACCUUGGCCAAACACCGGCGGCUGCACCUGGGCUUGCAGCCGCACCGCUGCGGGGAGUGCGGGCGAGCUUUCGGCUUACGCUCGGCGCUGGCGCGGCAUCAACGGGCGCACGGGGAGGAGCGACCCUUCGCCUGCGGGGAGUGCGGGCAAGCCUUCGCCCUCCGCUCCAACCUGGCCCUCCACCGGCGGACGCACGCCGGCGAGCGGCCCUACCGCUGCGGCGAAUGCGGCAAGGCGUUCGGCAUGAGCUCCACCCUGGUGCGGCACCAACGCAUCCACACCGGCGAGAAACCCUACGGCUGCGGGGAAUGCGGACGGGCUUUCGUCCGUAGCGCCCACCUGGAGCAGCACCGGCGGACCCACACCGGCGAGCGGCCCUACGGUUGCGCCCGUUGCGGCCGGCGCUUUAGCCAGAGCUCCAACCUCAUCACCCACGAGCGGGUGCACCUGGAGGAGGCCCACGGGGCGGCGCAGGGGCGGACGAGUUUGGAGAUGUCGGAGGGGCAACCGGGCUCGGAGGCGUCAGAGGGGCGGCCAAAGACCGCGGUGAUGGAGGUUCAACCGAGUUUGGAG